CCGUUGCCGAGAACGCAGUGUGUCGAGGGACGCGGUCGCGAUAGUUUGCUCCCCUAAUAUGAGGUACGCUCUGGUAGGGAAAACCGUUUUUACGUAAUACUAACACGUUGACCAAGAAUUUACACGAAAUGAAUAAUUGUGUUGUGGAAGAGCGACUCGGCAGCAUGCAGAGUGAAAACGCUCUGGUGCAAGAUAACAGAAGGGAAAUGAUCAAGAACGAUGGGAGGCUAAAACCGAGUAACGACGAAUCGAAACCGUCGUCGUCGUCGAGCACCGAGUUGUUUCCUUGGAUGUUAGAUUUUAAAAGAAUGUGCAGAUGCGCGCAUAUCGAUAAAAGUAUGACGUCCUUAACGGAGCUCAUGCAAUUUUACGUGAGAAAUGUGAGUGUCAGUAUAAACGAGUGUUACACGAGGCCCUUAAGAGCUGCAAAAUUGAAAGAUUCUAUUAGUGAAACCUUAAUGUUAUUCUUAUAUAUUUAUCGCGACCUUUCCGAGGAUCGCGACAGAUCCACUUAUUUGAACAAUAUGUCGAACUUGUUAGCGCUCUACAUAGAUAUGGAAUUAAAAGUGUCGAAAAAGAGCACAGAGGGUCACAAUGAAAUUUGUGCCAGGCUCACCUCCUGCCUUUACGUUUACUUAGAACAUUCCAUCGAACAUUUAUUAGAUACUUUAAUGAAAAUCCAAUUUAUGUGCCGCAAUUACCAUCACAUUUUAGACCCAGUUAUAACGAAAAUAAUGAAAAAUGUUCCAACGCAUCCGGAAUCCGAUAUCAUGUACGUUCGUUACUUUUUCAUUUACCGCUUAUGGCGGAAAAUAAACGAAAACGCGGCCGCAAAAAGCGAAAUCACGGCCGCGGCGAUCGAGUCUUUAGGGCCACUGCCGCCAACGUUCACGUCGAGUAUAUUAAAGGAUGUAUUGCCAAAAGUGCCAAAGAGUCAACCAAAUUUCACGAAAGCUCUACUGCAACAGAAAUUCGAUAUAAAGAAGCGUUGCGAGACGUUUGUACAAUACUGCGGGGAUAGCGAUGGGAGGAACGUUAACCAGAGGAAGGACGGAACUUCGAUUCCCGUUGAUUCGUCCAGUAGAAUUAAUCCGAAAAUGCUGGAAGAUAUCGCGAGUAAGAACGUAGAACGCUUAGAUAAUAACGUGAACUCAAUUAUAUCAGAUAAAGCUAAGCAGAAUGAAUCUAUUUGUUUGGUAAAAACUUUUAAAACUGUACAUUUCGAGGAGCAGAAUAAUUUUAAAAGUCUAGGUAACUUUUCGAAUAAUAUUUCCACGGAGCGCGUCAGUCCUAAAACGAGCAAAUCAAAUCAGAGUCGGUUGCAAAUGAAACGUAGAAAGUCCAACGAGGUCGUUAUUAUCGAUUUAACUAGCGAUGUAGUGUUCGAGAAGUGUAUAAAAAAGAGGAAAUCUAGAAAGUUGACGUGGUUGGAAGAGGCGAAGAAGAGAGCCAGCUCGAAGAUAGCGAGAGCGUCUAGGAAGAUUAAGCAAAUUGAGGAAGAGAACGCCGGUGCGUCGAAGGGCGUCGAUCGUCAGGCGGAAGAUUGUCCGUUGGCGAUACACGCCGCGGAGUUCGUCGGUGAGAGGAAGGAGACGAUACUCGUCAACAGGAACGAUGAAAAUAAAAUGGACUACGAGUUCGGCACAGAGGAGACGAGAAAGUUGAUGGGCGCGAAAGUCAAUACUAACGAAAUAAAUAUUAAAUCGGCCACGGUGAACGGUAAGGCGGUUUUAACCGAGAUAGUAACGAGACAACCAUCGAGAGUUACGGGCACGGUAAUCGAAAAUUGUUUGAGCAACGGGGAUAUCUCGGGGAAUAAGCGAACGAUCGACGAGAAGGAGAAUGAUAUAUUUAACGAACGAACUGUGAUCAAGCGACUGAUAGAAACGAGAGUCUACUCGGAGCCUGACACACGAAGCGAGAAGAAAGCUGAAAGUUUCAAAAAUGGCUGUGAUUCGAAAGCAGAACGGCCGGCUGUAAAUAAUGCUACGACGUAUGCUGAGUGCGAUUCAAAAGAUGAUCGUUCGAACCUCGAUCGACCUAUUGACGAUGAAGUCGGGAGAUCGACGACGACGUCGACGUCGGGAACGAACGAGGUGCGCGAUUCGGUCGUCUCGGCCUCCGAAGCGUCGAAUAUUCGUUUCGAUGAAACGACUUAUAGAUCCGAUUGCUCCAACGUUACAGUUGACAAUGAUAAAAGUAAAGAAAUGAUCUUCACCGAGGCAACCAGCGCACGUACUUCCUCCGUGGAAGGUAUUUUACAUUACGAAAAUAACCGAGACUCGCUCGACGAAAAUUCGACGGAGGAGGAGAAGAAGGUAUUCACACCGCGAACAGAAUGUACGAACGACGCGAAACGCGAACUCUGCGCGCGGACGGGAUUAGACGUUUGCGAUUACAAUGAGACGAGCGACAGCGCAACAAAAAAUAAAUCAAGGAUCGCUAACAUUAGAGAAUCUAUUUUCGAAUCUUAUUCUACGGAUGAGAGAGAUAUUUCUAAUACGGUUAAUAAGACGUGCCCGAGCGAAAGUAUUAAAAAUAACGAGAACUUUAAGAAGCCCAUGAGUGAUACGGUAGACAAGUACGAUAGUAAUUUUGCUUGCGAGCCAUCGCGGGUGCCGUCGGAAUCAAACGGCGGCGAUGGCAUGUGCAAACUAACGGAGAAUAAAUACAUGGUCGAAGAUUUCGAGCUGCAAGACAAUAUCGACGGCCUCUCGUUGUUAGCCAGCGUUUCGCAGCACGUGUCGCAUAUGAAACCGGAGACCGAGACGAAAUGCGAUCAAAUAAAAGUGAAGGAUUACGCGACGCUGAGGUACACAUGUUGCAGUCAGAUGACCGACGACGAGGCAGACACGAACGACUCGUCGAACACUGUUUCCCGAUUGCUCGAGAAUCCAUCCGCGGAGGUGAUCAACAGGAUCGUCGGCGUCUAUCCGGAAAACGCGUUGGAAAAAGUCACGGUUCGUGUGGAGGAGGUCACGUCCGACAAAGCGGACGAUGGGAACGGCGAGUCGUGCGAAGUCGUCUCUCAUCCGGAAACAACCGGCGUGAAUUACGACGCGGACACGCUGUCGGAUAAUUUGGCCCCAACGGAAAACAGCCCGCAGACCGUGAAGGAAAACACGAACGUGAUAUUGAACGGUGAGACCGUGGUUCUUUUGCAGAAGUCGCCUAAUAGUAAUCUGUACAUUAUAAACAAGGCCGUUGAAAAUUCGAAAGACGGCGACGACGAGAUCGCGAGAUCAAAGAAUUGGGCGUCGCUCGACGAGUUAGAGACGGUCCUUGAUAAUAUAUCGUACAAUUUGGAAUUGACGGCGUACAGCAAAGAGCCGCCGUAUCAAGAGGGCAAGUGUUCGGUGGUGCACGGUAAAGGGAUGAUCAAGGUGGAGCCGGAAGACGGGAAUUUUUCCAACGCGAAGGCGUACACGAAGAACGUCCUCUUGUCCACCGACGUUCUGAACUCGUCGAUCUAUCAAGACACGGGAAAAUCGAUCGACAACAGGAAAGCGUUCCGGCAGAAUAUCAAACAGGAGUUCAAUAACAUUCCGAAUCACAUCGCGUCGAGCUGCGCGAUCCCAGGAUGCAAAACGAUUCAUCCGCACGAGAUCGACGGUCAACACACGUUGCUGAUACCGGCGACGAGUUUGCCGCCGAUCUACGGAAAUUGCGGCGGGAACGGUGACCUCUGCGUGCCGUAUCACAAGCACUGCGGUCCUGUGUCGUGCAGUUUGCAAAUGAAGGCGAACACCUCUCUUCGCUCGCACGGGAAGUCGGGCAGCGACAGGACUCGUUGCUCGUGUUUGAACUGCCCUUACGAUACGGUCGCGCAUUGCAGACAAUGUAUGCACUCGCCCGCAGACGCUCGCGUGUCCUGCAUCGAAAGUAACCCGUAUUUUUUGCCGACGCACUCGUCAGUACAAACCGACGCCGUCCAGGAGCACGACAGAGCAAACAACGAUCCCGUAAUUGGAAAGCUGUACGACGACCAAGUUAUGCGUGGCAGUCUGCUGCAGAGUAACUCGUCGGAGGCGCAGGACGACUCGGAGAAGAUAUUUAAUACAUACGCAGAGAGCAAGUUGCCGUUGAAGAAGAGGCUGAAGGCGCACGCGAUGGCCUAUAGGGAGGUACCAAUUAAAUCGGAGAAGUUGAACCCGCUAAAUUAUCCCGCUAUCCCGAUGAUGUCGAUAGCUGAGUUGGACACGUUGGACGCGCAGAAGAGGUCGGGCCAGAUAGUCAAAUCCGAGUACGAAAUCCAUAAGGAAGAACCGCAUAAUGGUUAUCAUUACAAUUCAAGUUUGAUGAGGAGGAAUUAUUACAAAGACGUUCACUUGGCCGCCUCGCAUCAAAAUCUCGCGAAGAACGGCUCGAGGAAGAAGCCUUGUGUUCAGAGGACGAUUAAAAGCGGAGCUCAACGGAAGGACGUCGAUCUGGGCAUAGCCUCGUUGAACGGGUACGACAUGGAACCGGAAGGAACGUACAAAAAAGCGAAGAAAACGCAAUCGUCGUCGAAACAAACGAGAAGCUCAAAAAGAAACGUUCCUAAAGUAAAUUAUUCUUACACCGAUGUUGAUCCAGAGUGGAAUCCGUCCGGUGAGUCGAAACGCAAACGCAAAAAGACUAAUCGAUGAUCGUCACCGUCUGAUUACGAAAAUUCCCCAUCGUGAGAACAUUAUUUUUCUUCCUCUCUCUCUCUUUCUCUCUCUCGUUCUCUUCUGAAAAUCUAACGUGUACAUUCGCUCCUAUAAGACUGUGUCGCCGAGAAAUUUUGUAUAUAAUGUACAAACAUGAAGAUAAAUCGUCUUUGGAAGAUAUUUCACAGCGUGUACAGUACAAGCCCGAAGAUCACCGCGAAGAUAAGAUUUUUUAUGAAUCGUAUACCUGUUGCGCGAGACGAUGCGGAAGAUGAAUUUAGACUUUGUAGAUUGUACCUGUAUCUAUUUCUGUUGACCACCGGCGGUUUCGUACAAAACUGUUAGUAAUCGUUUAGAGUAUGCGACUUCUUUUCGUAUAAAAGCUGUACAGUAUUAUCGCGUAUCAUCAAUUUUCCGCGACUGAUUAAUUUCGACGUAGUCCCUAGCGAAUUUGAACUGAACUAAGUUGAUCGUUUAAAAAAGAAUCUCGUCUUCUAUAGAGUAAUUGAAACAUUUUAUACAUAUUAUAUAUAUUCGAAUAAAAUAGUUUUGUAUAUAAUUAUGUAAAUACGAUGUGGGAUUGGACGCGAGUGCUUGGAUUUUUUACUAGAGUUUAUUUAAAUAAAAUUAUUUAAACGUAGACAUCCGGGAUGCUAGGUUGAGGAUAAACUUGAAUUUCGUAAAAACAAACAGAUGAAUUAUUUCCAUACGUGUAUCGCACACCUUGGAGGGAACGCUUGGCUCGAAAAAAUGUGAUGUCAAUAAAUUUGCCAAACAAUAUAGUAUAACCGCACCACCGAAAAGUAUAAUAAGAAAUAUCAAUCCCCCAUGAAACUGUUGAACCCGACAUAAUAAAUAUAGCAGCAUUGUUAUAAAUAAUACACGUAGAUAUCGCAGCGCAAGUAGGAUAAAUAGUCGCGUCACCCUACAAAUUCAAACCCUUCUUACCUUACACGAAACCAGAAUAAUAUCGACUACGGCCAAAUAAUGUGUAUUCCAACGAUUUCAGAAAAGAUGAGAACGUCUCGCGUUAAGCGAAAUUACGUAGACUUUGUAUACUCAUCGAAACGAUGGAGCUUCGUCGCGGGGAAAACUAAUUUGAUACGACACCCAAAUUCCUAAGGCCUUUAAAUGAUUUGUGCUUUAAAAAUUCGAUAUACUUUUAUUUUUUUCAUAGUCUCGACGAAAAAGUAUAUAUAUAUAUAUCUCGCUGUACAAAUUCUUGAUCGAAGAAUGUAAUAUAACAAUUAAAAAUGAAAAGGACCCUCCUACGAAUUACUUAAGCGUAACUAGAAAUUAGGCCGACCAUUAGAAAGCGAUAAUUCUAUCGAGGGGAGUUGUAUGUAUUUGGUUCCGGAAUACGCAUAAACCGCAUUUUGCAUAAUUCAGUGCCAUGUAUCUUUACGUUUGAUAUUUGUAUCUGUGAUUAUUAGUUAAUCAAUGCUGAACUAACGAUAACAACAUUUUAUUGUAUACGAGAAAUAUGUGUGUAGUCGAAUACUUCUACGUCAAUAAUUUUCGUUUGACAUUGACAAACGGACCGUUUGUUCCUUAUGAGAAAAGCGAUCGUAAUCAAAUUGAGGAAUGAUCGCAGGACUUAUGAGUUGGUAUCGCGUUAGAACGAAAGGACAUUUGUAUUAAUUCGAAUUUAUUUCUUUUUUUAUCGUUACCAUUUAUUUAUAGAUGAUCGAGAAAGUCUGAUAGUUUUUAAGUUGACUUAAACAAACGAAUUUAUUGUUUAGUUUUUAUCACCGAAAUUAUGUGAUCGAACGAUUGCCAAAUGUCUCCGUGCAGGUGCAAGAACAGAUCGUUACUUACAAACGGAAAUUAUAUCCUAUGCGUGAAACAUUUUUUAUGGAAAGUCUGAUAUCCUAGAGUAUAAUUUAGAGUAGUGAUAGAUUAAAUCAGAUGCCUCAUUCAUCCGUGUUCAUAAAGAAAGAAUCGAUACCGAGUACUGUGUAUGUGUAGAACCAUUCUAUCAUGAUAACGAAUAAAGACGAUGUAUUUACAUAUACUUGUAUAUUACACGCGUUAUACGCGCGUAGAUUAGGUCCGUUCAGAGAAACGAUAUUGCAAGCAAACACAUUUACCUCAUGUUUGCGUCCUCAGCGUAAAUCUUUUACGUUUACGAUUAGGGCCAGACGUAGUUCGUAACAGGGUAAUCAUUUAAAUAUUCCUUUCAUAUCGUUUAUUACAAUUUAAUCGACCUUCGGUUUAAGUCAGUUAAAUAGUGUCCUCGUGACAAUUUUAUUUCAUUUAUGGUAAUCGAUAUGUACGUUCACCAUGUGUAUUCAGUAAAACGCAUUUUUAAUAUACUUAUUUUAUAUUCA